AAAAGAAAUGGUUUCCAAGGUGUGGGCUGUAUGUUGUCAUCUCACUCCCUAUCCGUGUGUGUUGUCAUUUCCAAUGUGUAUGUUAGCUGCUGCUGCUGCUGCUGCUGCUGCUUCUUCUUGUUCGACGCUCGAGUCCAAGUUCCAAAUCAACGUCAAAGGGCAGAGAUUCCAGAGAGGAGGCAGUGGAUGCGAAGAGGAAAUACAAAAUUCACCAAUACCCACUUCAUGAUUCUCACGUUCUACUUGCAUUGGCCCAUCCAUCCCUUAAAUCCAACUCAAAUCCCAAACCCAGUCAAAUUUCCCCUCUGAUUUCCCUCUCCCAUUAUUCCUUUCUUUAAUCCCGGAAAAUCCCAGAUAAUAUUUUUCUAAUCCGACAUGACAGAGGUCCUCCACUCCUCCCCCUCCUCGUCUUCUCCUUCUUCUUCUGCGAAUUCCCUGUCGUGCGUGCCCUCAUCCACGCCGCCCAGCAAUGGCGCUCUGUUUCGGACUCGUUCGGCCGUAGAGGACGAGGAAGGAGAGGGGGAUUCUAGGGUGUCGGGCGGCGGCGACGUGAAGGACACGGACAAGGAGACGGAUCAGUUGUCGCUGUUGGCGCUUCUGCUGACUCUCUUCAGGAAGUCGUUCUGGAUGGCUUGCAGGACCGACAGGGAGGAGCUUUGUGCCAUGGAGAUCGGGUGGCCCACUAACGUGCGCCAUGUGGCGCACGUCACGUUCGAUAGGUUCAAUGGCUUCUUGGGCUUGCCUGUUGAGUUUGAGCCUGAGGUGCCCAGGAGGGCCCCUAGUGCCAGUGCCACUGUUUUUGGAGUUUCCACAGAAUCUAUGCAGUUAUCUUAUGACUCCAGAGGAAACAGUGUGCCAACGAUACUCUUACUAAUGCAAAGACGUUUAUAUGCUCAAGGAGGGCUACAGGCAGAGGGAAUUUUUAGAAUAAAUGCAGAAAACAGCCAGGAGGAAUUUGUUCGUGACCAACUGAAUGGGGGAGUGGUUCCAGAAGGCAUUGAUGUACACUGUUUAGCAGGUCUUAUCAAGGCUUGGUUUAGAGAACUUCCAAUGGGAGUACUGGAUCCGCUUUCACCGGAGCAGGUAAUGCAGUGCCAGUCUGAGGAAGAUUGUACUGCACUUGUGAGGCUCCUACCCACAACAGAAGCGGCUCUACUGGAUUGGGCAGUCAACCUAAUGGCUGAUGUCGUUCAACAGGAACAUCUAAACAAGAUGAAUGCACACAACGUUGCUAUGGUUUUUGCACCAAACAUGACACAGAUGGCAGAUCCAUUGACUGCAUUGAUGUAUGCGGUUCGAGUAAUGAACUUCCUCAAGACACUUAUUGAGAAGGCACUACGAGAAAGAGAAGAUUCCGUGGUAGAACCAGCCCCUGUUUAUUGCUUAGAGCCUUCUGAUGAAAAUGGACACCAGAGUCCUCCACAGCCUUGUGUGCAAGAGACCCCACAAGAAAAUGAUGAGAUGGUGCCAUCCUUCAUUGCUGAGGAACCCACAGUUGAAAGUCCUUCAUACUCUAAUGAACUUGGUAACCUGACCGGCAGAGAGCUGCAUGCUGAUUCAACAUCCUUUCAAGAUUCUCAUGAAGAUUGCGAAAGUCCUGCACAGGUUGAUACUAUCAUUGAUGAAGCAGAGGCAAAAAUGACUAAUGAUGUAAAGACUGGGAUUCAAGAGAAUGUUAUGGAAGAAAAACUCGGGCAGCCAAGUGUCCUGAACACCAGAAAGGAUCCUGGAAUUGGGAAUCAACAUGUAUUUCAGGUAAUAGGACAUGUUGAAAAGAGCAAGGAAAUCAGCAAUUUGAGCCGUAUAAAUUCGAGAACAGAGCUGAUUGAAGCAUGGCGCUGAAGACGAGUGGAUGAUACUCAGCCUCAACUGACUUUCAAUGACGGGGCUAUGGUCAGAGCUCAGGUUUGGAAGCUGUGAAGAUUGUGAAUUGUUCGUGUAUUUUCUUUCUUUGUUACUUGGUGGUUUGUUAAACCUGUUGUGGUAUCGCUUGUGACAAUUUCCAUGGUGUUACACGCUAACAAGUUGCUUUUAGGGGGAAAAAAAAAAAGAGAGACUAAAUUGUGGUUUUAA